UAAUCAAACAUUUACAUGUGAAGGGAAUGACUAUGAGCCCACUUGGAAGGAUAUAUUUAAAGCAUGUGUUAUUGGUUGCGUUUCGCUCGGGAUCAUUAUAGGAAAUGUUUUUUCUGUGAUAGUGUUCAAUAACUCAAGCAGUAGAAAAUUAUUUCUAAAGAAAGUUCGACUAACUAUGAACUCAUUAAUUUGUACAGACCUGAGUAUGGGCCUGUUCAUGUGUCCGUUCUGUAUAUAUUCUGCUCUCUACAAAUGUUGGCCAUACUCGGAAACUUUCUGUAAAAUAGAGGCAUUGUUCUUGUCCGCAUUAUUUCAUGAGUCAACAUUGUCACUUGUUUUAAUAGCCCUGGACAGAUACUUCUCUGUCCACCAUUAUUUAAAAUAUAACAGUUUCAUGACGUCACGGAAAUACGUCAUUGUUAUCUUAGCCACGUGGACAGUGACGUUUGGUGUUUAUUCGAUUGUGAUAUUUUUCGGGGAACAGUUCUAUUUUGAUGACAUUGGGAUAAACUGUGAACCUUAUUAUGAAAACCCAAACGUGACACUGAGUGUAAUAGUAAUAUUUUACUUUAUUCCCGCCUUGUUAUUCUUAUAUAGUUAUGGAUCUAUUUUUGCGGCUGCUAACCGGAAAGAGACCAUUCGUGUAUUCUCAAGAAAUGCAAGACAUUAUGAGAAUAGUAACCACGCAGUUUCUCAGAUUUUACGUACUUCAAAAUACUUGGCGGCCAUCACGGCGGGUUUCUUUGUUGCCGUUACACCUUGGACAAUCUGUACAUUGACAAUCGCAUUGACCCAGAUAAAGCUAAAUGAGGACAUAGACUUUGCAGUGACGUGGAUUGCCAUUAGUAACAGCUUUUGGAACGUCGUUAUUUAUAGCAUUAUGAACCGGAAGUUCAGACAAGCAGCUAUUUCCUUAACAACACGCCAAAGAUACCGACAGUUCUUACAGCCUCGUUUUGUCUCGCGAGACCGAAUAUCAGAUAGUCACGAUAAUACAUAUGAUAGCCAGAGACAUACAGAGUUGUCGAACAUAGAUCAUAUAUCAGGGUACAGAAAUACUGUAUCAGUGUCGCAAAAUGUUCAAAUAAAUUUCUAUACACAUGAUUUUACAGCCGAUUCCCAGCCAAGUGAUGCUUAAGUUAAAAUGGCUGAUGAUUUUAACAGUUUAAAAAUCAAAGACAAGUGUUGAAGUAACGGAAUAACAAAUUGAUUAGGCUCUUUAAAAUAACUGUCAAAUCAUUGGAACACAGCUGAAACUUCGAUACAAAUCUGUCAUAAUUUGGUUACAUUUGUAAAUAAAAACUAACACCGUGCCAUGCUUUAAAAGGUUUUUUAAGUGAUAAGAUCACUUGUACAUGUAUAUUGGUGAACGCAAUU